AGACAGAGCUUGAAGGUUGAUACAUCAGCUGAGCCAUGGGUCUUCUGCGCUUGCCGUCCGUUAUUACCAACACAAAGCAAGCCAUGAAGUUGCAGUCUCUCGUCACUGGGAGGAACCAUCACCACCACCGUCGAUCUUGCUCCGACGUGCCGAAUGGGCACGUCGCCGUCUACGUUGGGGACGUCCAGAGGAGGCGUUUCCUGGUUCCAGUGACGUUCCUGAACCAUCCCUCGUUCCGGGAGUUGCUCAGCAGGGCCGAGGAGGAAUUCGGGUUUGACCACCCGACGGGCGGUCUCACCAUUCCAUGCAAGGAGGAGGCCUUCAUUGAGCUCACUUCUCGGUUGCAUUCUUCGCGCCGAUCAUCAAGAAAAUAAAGAUGGCAAAUACUUUUCGGAAACGCCUUACUUUUGUUUGUCUAUUGCGUACAAUAUGUGUAGAUAGUGUUAACAUAACAUAGGUGCA